CGCGCAGACCACGCAGACCACGGCCACGGGAUGAAGGCCCUCGCGGCCGUCCUGCUCGCCCUGCUGCUGUGCGAGCGGCCAGGGAGGGGACAGACACAGGACGGGGCGGAGGACGAGGACCUGGGGCUGGAGAGCUACGAUGACGACUAUGAGGAGGAAGAGGAGGACGAGGGGCCCGAGGACAGAGCGCUGCGGUGCUACGCCUGCUCGUCCCUGACGGAGGGGGAGACCUGCCGGGAGACCCUCCGCUGCCCCCUCAGCCAGCACUACUGCAAGGCCUUCGUGUCGCGGUGGGACUCCGAAUCCGGGCCUCUGACCGCCUACUCAGGGUGGUGCACAGACGCCUGCAAGCCGGUGGCCAGGACGGUCGAGGGGACGGAGAUGACCAUGAUCUGCUGCCAGACCGCCCUGUGCAACUCCCCGCCCUGGCAGGGCGGCGGGGGGCGCGGCCCCCGGGGCAGCCCCGCAGCCGUGGCCGCCGCCCUGCUGCUCAGCCUGCUCCUCGCCCGCGGGGCCCUGGGGUCCUGAGCGGAGCAGGCCCUCCCCGGCCCGGCCAGCUCCCUGCCCGCCGGCAUCGUCCUCUCCUGCCCCCGUUUUAGAGAAUAAACUUGGAGGCCAGCACUGGCUCCUCCCGGCCCACCUACACUGCCUCAGUUUCCCCGACUGCCCUCCUCUCCCUCUGC